CGGGGGCGCACGGCCGCCCGCCGCCUGCAGGGGGCCCGCGCCGGGUGUCAGCUCCCGGAGGCGCCCAGGCCUCGGGGCGCGGGGCCGGACCCCAGGGACGCGAGCCCGGGCCUGGGGCUGAUUGUGAUUGGAAGAGGACUGUCGGAAGGAUCUGGAAAGCAAAGUUUGGCUGUGAAAAGCAAAGAUCCUUUACCUACACAUUUUACAAGCAAUGUGCAGAAAGCCAUUGAUAGAUACACCUGUGAUUCUGGGUUGUCAUUUCCGUCAAGUGGCAGCCCCACACCGGCCGGCGCCCGCAACUCUUGGUCUGGGUCUGGAACACAGAGUUCUACUGGCUUAUCAACUGAGAGGAGCUCCAUUUACUCUUGGAGAGAUGACGAGUUUGACAAAGCCAACGCACAGAAAGUCCAGCAGCUGUUCUGGGAGGUGGAGGAAAUGUUAUUUGAAGGGAAAGUAAACCCUCAGACUCAGAAUCUAGUGGCCGAAUGCAGUGAGUGGGCAAGAAGAUCCCUCCAUCUGAGAGUAUUAGGAAGACAGCUCAUCGUGCCAACUGAUGAAGGGUUCCAACAUUUCCAGGGCAGCGAGCCUCGUUCCUUGGUCCACAAACCCUUCUCAGAUGCCUGUGGACACAACCACAACAGCAGACAGUUGUGUGUCUCUGGCUCUCAAAUACUCCCCGAGGUGUGCUCACCCCCUGCCCUGCCAGGCCCCGGAGGCCCAGGGGGUGCUGGCCUAACGGCAGGGUCACCCCAGGAAGAAGAGGUAUAUGACGUGGAUGGAAAGAUUGAAGAAUAUUUUGCUUUUGACAGAAAAGAAGAUGAUGAUGAGUGUCUUGAACAAAAAUCAGCUCACCGCCAUAGGAUGUGGCGGAAACACGGACUUCCUCCUGUUUCUCCUCAUGACUGUAUCAAAGACGCGGUGGCCGCAGAAAUGUUUGAUCACGUCUGGACAAGUGUGGUAGAGACAUUGGAAGAGCUGAUUAGAAAAAAUUGGGAAGUUACACUCACAGAAGGAAAGAAACAGAAAGAAAAAUUGAAAGCAGCUGAGAAUAAAUCUGCACUGAUACUCAUUUCCCGUAUUAACGCUGAUGCACCAAGCGUCCCCCCAUCUGGAGGCUCUGAGGCCCGAAGCGUGUCCCUGGCUCCUCAUCUUAAUCCACCUCAGAUUCAUCGCUUCUCCAACAAUUUUUAUAAUGAUUUGAGUGGUGUGAUGACAAUUCAAGCGAAGCCACUGCAGCAGAGACCCAGCUAUUUUGCAGAUAGAACACAAACACAGAAUGAGCAAGAGGACAGAUCAUUGGGGGCAGGGCCUGGCACCCUUUCUCUGGCACGGCACCGCCUGGCACGAACGUCUGAUGCCCGCGUACUGCACACUUGUGGGAGGAGAACACCCGCAUACACGAGGCUGCCUUCCCUGACUUCAGACUCACAGAGGAUGAAAACCCCCAAUGUGUACAGCGAUGAAGUUCUUAGGGGAACAAAACUGCCAACUGGCGUGGACCGUGUGUCCUCCCCACCGGUUCCAGCCUCCCGGAGCAGGUUACCCCCCAUAGGCUCAGAGCUGGGUGAGCAGAAUACGGCAGUUCCUGCAUCUCGACCUGUUUCUUACAGAGGGAAGCAUCCACAAAACCGCGUGCUAAGUGCAAUUCCUGACAGUUCAGAGCGAUCACCUCUUCGAGAAAGAUCUCUGACUAUAGAACACUUUUCAAGACCCAGCACCACCCAUGCAUUUCGGUUAGACACUCCUCGAAAAGGUUCAUUGACACUGAUGGAAUUUGCUGGCCACACUUGGACAGGUCAGAGUUUCUUCACAGGUUCACAGUAUCCGCCUAAAUCUUUUCAAAGGACAACUCUGACUACAAGAAAGAGAUUCCAAGUGGCAUCUUGAUGGACCUUGAACUUCAAAGCCUCAGCCUACCAUUUACCACGUGAAAAAUGGAAGAACAAGUAUUAUACUAUGUAUCUGUUUGUCUGACAGUGAAAUGUGAGCCUGUCUGAGAGAAAUGCAAACAAAUAAACAACUUAAUUUU